AUGUUGGAUAGUGUGAAAGCCAUGAUCCGAGAAUAUUCUCGCAAGCAUCCAGACAUUCAACCAGUGCUAGAGACCAGAUUCAAUAAAUUUGUCCUCGUAGAGUGCUUAAGUCAAGUUCGGAUUCUCUACUUCAAUCUGCCCCUCAUCUCCAACAAUAUCAUGAAGGAUUUGGAAAAGAAGACGUCGAGUUAUAAAGGUUAG